UCUGCCUUCCAGUAUCCACCAUCAUGUGAGGUUUUCUCUGAAAAGAAUUUCGUCUCCAAACACAUAGAUUUUUAUUCAUCCAUGCACCUUGAGCAUUGCUGAAGCUUGUCUCUUUUCAAAAAAACUGCUUUCUAGAACAGUUAUAAGUGCAUAAGUUGAAUUUGACUUUCUCAUGUCUUUGACACCUGAUUCUGGGACAGGGUCCCGAGUUCAUGCUUAUCCGUCUUCUACUUCCGAGCCUGACACCCUGAUGACACAACUUCCAAAAAUCUUUAAAACCCACGCCCCUCCCCUAACGCGCUCCUACUCACACUCAUUUUUCUCAUCACUCCUGCCUCGGAAACUCGAUUUAUCGUCCACCCAUUUCAGUGCCCUUUGCUUUGCAGCUAACUUGCCGCCAUCAUGUUAUCACCUCCGAACAUGUCUACAAUUACAACCUUAAAGGCUUCCCCGGCUGGGAUGCGCAUGAUCAUACCGAAGCCCACAGAGAAAAGCACGCGCCUCAACCAAGUUAUAGCAGAAGUCGUUUUUUUCAUCCAAACUAGUUUGUUCGAGGUGGACCAACUGAUGCUCGACACCGGCCUUGACAUCGAGGACUCGCCGAGGUUGAUCCGAGUGCUAGAUACCUAUCGGGUUCGAUACUUCUACUGCGGCAGCAUUUUGGUGAUCAUGGGAGAAUGCCCAUUGAAUUCUGUCAUUGAUACUCUCGUGUUGAACAUUCUCGACCAGCGUUCAACGAUCCUACCGCGUGAAUUGUGUCGUUAUCUGUCAAACCACCAACUGAGUAUUCACUGCAACGGAGUCAUCAAAGGAAAAGGAAUCAAGCGGCAGCUGCGAAACAAAAUACCUGAUAACAUAAUCACCUUCCGUCAUCCUGGUAAUCAUACGAUCUAUAAUCCAAUCGUGCUGGAAGUCGGAUUUUCAGAAUCGCGAGAAGAUCUUCACCGAGAUAUGCUCCAAUACUUCGAGCAUUAUCAGCCUGCGCAACUGGCUAUUCUGGUCAAGAUCGAAGAAGAUCUGAAUUCUCGCACCUCACACACAGAUCCAGGUUUUCGAGACCGCGCUGCUAGACUUCUCUUGCGCUUCGGCAACGGCCUGGGGAAACCAAACAAUGCCACAUACUUGGAGAAGAGCGCCCACGAUGCGUCUGUGACGCCCGAGCCGUUUACUGAAUAUGAGGUUUUAGAACACAUCCAAGUUGAAGAUUGGAUCGGUACCAUUUCAGCUGACAUUGAGGUUUGGGACUUGAUGCACUCUAAGCCACGACUACGCGGUAGCCGUACUCGCCUAUUUCCCACCCCUGACCAAGAUUCCGUGCCUUAUAUCUAUGCUGGUGACAUGAUCCCAUUGGCACUGCAUGAUAGCUUCCCAAAUCUUGACGUAUCUCAAAGACUCGGUAUCGAUACGGAUCUACUCUGUGAGUGGAUGGCAGGGCUUAUUCCGCAAUUUGCUUGUCGGCGUGCCAUCGAAUUUUUCAGCCCGGAGAGCGAAGACGAGAAUGUGGACUAUAUUCCGGAUGACGAAGAAGAGGAGGAAUAGUGAUGAAUCCAUACCUUAGUUACGUUACCAGAAGUCCAUUAUUUAAUCUACCAAGCUGCUUCAGCUUCAGCUCCAGCUCUACGCUUGUACGAACUUUAGAAAGGGCUGAUCUCGGCUUAGCAUAGAAUCAAGAUGUCAAAUGAUGUCAUG